AUGGAGGAUACAUCCUUUGACCGGACCACCACCGCCACCCAAGGACAGGAAAUGGAGAAGAAUGCUCCCUCUGAACGGACUACCACCACAACACCCAAAAUGGAGCAAAAAGAUCUUCAUGAGAGUGCUCCUCGGCAUUUGAAAGAUGCAUUCAAGCUUUACAAACAGACUACUUAUACUGCAACCGAAGAUUCUCCUUCUAUUGCUGGUGUUAUCAAGCUAGAAAGUCUACCUGAAGAGGUACGAAACAUAGCUUUUAAGGAUUUUAUGAAAGCGACACCUCCUUCCGAGUUAUCAUUACCCAAAACCUCCCACAGCCAGAAUUUAUUUCCCUCGCCAGACCAUGAGCCGUCCUUACCUAAAUCGCAAUUGGAAGGUUCAUCGUAUGGGUCUGAGGUCAUACCUGGGCUCAUGGUUUUUCCAUCUCUCAUCCCUCCAGAAGUUCAAAAAGAGUUGAUUCGGCGAAUAGUACACCGUGAUCUUCUGGACCCCAAACAUAUGACCAACCUACAUGCCCAUUACGAAGUCGAAUUCCCUCCAUCAGGAACUGCUUCAAGAGAAUCCAUUGUCGCUAGGCCCAAAGAUCCCAUGAUACAUCCAAAAGCAUUAAAUUACCUGGAACUCAUGACAAAAAAGUUACGCUGGAUAACCCUUGGAGGGCAAUAUGAUUGGACAAAUAAAAUAUACCCAGAAGGGGAGCCUCCCAAGUUUCCCAGUGACAUUGCGAAUCUGAUUGAAGGUCUUUUCCCUGAUAUGGAACCACAAGCAGCAAUUGUCAAUUUCUAUUCUCCGAAAGAUACCCUACAAUUACACCGGGAUGGUGCAGAAAGUGUCGAUCGUGGCCUGGUUAGCAUCAGUCUUGGUUGUGAUUGUAUCUUUAUGAUUGCCUUGGACAACCCAAAAGACGAAAAAGACCAUCUUGCCAUUCGUCUCAGAUCUGGAGAUGUACUAUACAUGACGGAAGAGUCGCGCGAACGAAGAAUUAUUAUGGUUGGUAACACAGAUGGAUCUUCCGAAUCACCGUUGCCCGUCAUGGCCCCUUGGGCGGCCGGCGCAGCUCAAUCAAAACAGUCAGAUAUAUUAUGGCAUGUCCAGAACAAACACAAUCUGCACUCGCUCGUCAUUACCGUCUCUCGCAUUAAGAUGUACUGGUACGAGAAAUUCAUCGAGAGAAAUCGACAGCUUCGCCCGAGAGUAAUCAAGUCGGAUUGGCAAAUUAUCGCAAAGAACAAGCGUGAUUUAGUCAAUGGAUUGAUCCCUGAAAACUGGCGCUUAGACUCGAUACCCUCAGUCAUGGAACAAAAAGAUGUAACAGGCGAAUAUAUUCAGCAAUUUCUCUCUAUUCGAGAAAUCGAGAUUACUGAAACGGACGCUGUAGGAAUAGUAAAUAAAACGACAAGUGGCGAAUGGAAAUCACGGGAAGUUUGUGAAGCUUUUUGUCACCGGGCAGCUUUAGCGCAUCAGUUGGUCAAUUGUUUACAUGAAAUAUUCUUUGAUGGCGCCAUUUCAGAAGCACAAAAACUUGACGAUUAUUUUGCCGAGCACAAAAAGCCAGUUGGUCCACUACAUGGGUUACCAGUCAGCUUGAAAGACCAGUUUCAUGUCAAAGGUGUGGAAACCACUAUGGGCUAUGUAGGUUGGAUAGGAACCUUUGAAGGGAAGAAAGGUACGGGAAAAGAGCGAGUGUUUGAGAGCGAAAUGGUCAAAGAGUUACGAAAUCUUGGCGCAAUUAUGUUUUGUAAAACAGCCGUUCCUCAAACGCUUAUGGCGGGCGAGACUGUCAACAAUAUUAUGGGCACGACACAGAAUCCCAAGAACAGAUUAUUAGGACCAGGUGGAAGUUCAGGAGGUGAAGGAGCAUUGAUAGGAUUAAGGGGAAGUCCGGUAGGAUUUGGAACUGAUAUCGGAGGGAGCAUCCGUAUUCCAGCGGCUUUUAAUGGUCUUUAUGGUAUCCGUCCUUCGGCAGGUAGAAUGCCAUAUGAAGGUAUGGCCAACAGUUUGGCUGGACAAAAUACUAUUUUAUCUGUUGUGGGGCCAAUUGCCACUACAGCUCGAUCUUUAAAAUUGGUCAUGAAGAGCAUCCUUAGUGCUCAACCUUGGCUUCAUGAUCCAUUAGUGUGUGAAAUACCAUGGCGUGAUGAACAAGAACAGAUGGUUCUUGAUGCUAUCAAAUAUAAUAAAGGUGGUCAAUUGGCUUUUGGAGUCUUCAAAUGCGAUAGAGGUGUUGCUCCUCAACCUCCUGUGGCUAGAGCUAUUGAUAUUGUGGUUAAUACGGUCAAAAGACUUGGACAUAAGAUUAUUGAAUGGGAACCACCUUCUCAUCAACGAGGAUGUGCUAUAGGAAGUAAAGCAUGGUCAUUCGACGGGGGAAAAGAUGUCCACGAAGCCCUAGCACUUUCCGGUGAACCCAUGAUUCCGCAAAUCCAAAGCCACUACAGCGUUCUCAAACCCCAAAUGACCGGUUUCGACAUCGCAGCCGUCAAUGUCGAAAAGAGAGAAUUUCAGAAAGAAUAUAUGGAAUAUUGGAAUAGUACCGCGGAACUUACUGGUACGGGCAGGCCAGUCGAUGCGGUUAUUACUCCUUUGGCUCCGAUGCCGGCGAAUAUUUCUAUGACAUUUGAUUAUAUUGCAUAUUCUACAUUUGUCAAUCUUCUCGAUUAUAGCGCCGCGAUAUUACCCGUUACGAUGGUGGAUAAGAAUAUUGAUCUUUUUGAUCAUGGAUAUAAACCGUUAAAUGAGGAGGAUGAAAAGGUUUGGAAAUGUUAUGAUCCUGAAAUGUAUGAUGGUGCGCAUGUCUCGGUGCAGAUUGUCGGGAGGAGGUUUCAGGAGGAAAAGGUUAUUGCUAUUACGGGGAUGUUGGGGGAUGCGUUGGGGGAGGUAGUGAGGAAAAUCCCAAAUCAAUUAAAGUUUCUCAUUCUUGCUAUCGUGUGGUUGGUCAAUAUGUCGGAUGUUAAAGAUUAUUUUUACGAUCUUGCAUCGUUUGAUCCAUUUAAGGGUACGGAUUUCGAUGAAGGAAUGAUUGAGCUAAAGGUUGAGAAUGAGGAUCACCAAGAGUUGGUAGGAGAGAAGGGUGAGAUGGAGAUGAUGAAGAAGAUGAAGAUGAUGGAAAAGAUGAUGAAGAUGAAGAUGAUGGAGAAAAUGGAGAAAAUGGAGAAAAUGGAGAAUUUCAAGAAGAUGAUGGAGAUGAAUGAAACGGGGAAGAUGAAGAAGAAGAGGAAGAGGAAGAGCAAGAAGAGUAAUGAUACAAAGAGUCAGCCUGUUGAGGUCCGAAAUGAAGAGACUUCGGGUAAAGAUCCCUUCUACAUUGUAUGA